AGGGCCCUCCAGUAAAACUAAUAAAUAAAAAUGAUCGGUGGGUUCAAUCUUGUGAGAAAGUUACAAUGAAAGAUUGAUCUUAUGUUACCAGAAUCAUGGAAUGUUAUUGUGGGUCAGUUACUAUUUGACUACGUCAAGCCCCCAUUAUGAUUACUUUAUGGAAUAGUAUAUAUUGAAAUUUGAUUCUUUCCCUAUCACUUUCCCCUUCCUGGAAACUCUCCGGAAUUCAAGAAACCUUGAUUUCGCCAGUUUGAUCGAUGAUGGCUGAAAACUCAGCUGACCCAAACUCGAAACACCAACGAUCACCCGAAAGCUGCUUAGAUAGGAUCAGUCAAUUGCCAGAUCACUUGAUAGAACACAUAUUAUCCUUUCUGCCGACCAAAGAUGCCGUUGCCACUUCCAUUCUCUCCAAGAGAUGGUAUCCCUUUUGGACUAAACUACCAGUUCUCCAUGUUGAGGACUCAACCCGUUGCGAAACCAGACGACAAACCAGGGUCAAGUUCAAGCAAUUCGUCUCCAGGGUUUUGCUGCUUAACGAAGCUGCUUCUUUGCACAAGUUUCGUCUCGACUGCCGUCCGAUUUAUGAACCCAAAUGUUUUAACAACUGGGUUUGCUCUGCUAUCAACAAAGGUGUCCGAGAAAUCGAUAUCUCCAUCUCCACGACUCCGAAAUAUAGAUUCUUGAGGCUGCCCUGUCGGUUUUUCCAGGCAGAGAAACUCAGGUUCUUGAAACUCAGUGGUGGGGUUCUUAUUGAUAUUCCUGGUGAGUCAUCAGUCUCUUUCCCAAGCCUCAAAACCUUGCAUCUUUUGUAUGUCAACAUCGCCAAUGAUGAAUCCCUGGGCAAGCUCUUUUCUGGUUGCUUUGUUCUUGAGACACUGCUUCUGAAAACAGAUUACCAUGAAAAUACACUUGAUAUCAAACUCUGCUCAUCAACUUUGAAGAGUUUGUCCAUUAAUCUUCGCUAUGCUGAAUACAAACUAGAGAUAAACGCCCCAGUUCUUGAGUACUUGGAACUCGAAGAAAGUUACCACCAAGUCUCUUUCAUUGGAAAUUUAUCUAGCUUAGUUGAAGCAAAUAUUCAUAUUAAUUAUGGGAUUAGCCUAAACCAGCUUAUCAGAGUGCUCUACAAUGUCAAGCUUCUUUCCUUAGCUUCAUAUAGCUAUUCUGAACCGGUGCCCCAUGGCUAUGCUUAUCCCUUGUUUCUUAAUUUGGUCCAGUUGGAGAUAUUAAUUGGUUUGCCUGGCUGGGAUGUACUGUCACACUUGCUUACCCUUUCUCAUAACCUACAAACUCUUGUUGUUGAGAAUAACUCAACAAUUGAUAGUCGAUGGACAGAGCCAGAGCAUGUUCCAACAUGUGUGUCAUCACGUCUAACAACAGCGUCUUUCAAAGUAUUUCAAGGUCUACGAAGUGAAAUGCAAGCAGUAGAAUAUAUUUUAAAGAAUGCUAAAGUCUUGAAGAUCAUGCAAAUUUGUACCCUUGGUAUGUCUCAGGACUCGAAGUCCUUUGUUCGGAACAGAUUGUCAGAGUUCCAAUGGGGCUCCAAGACAUGUCAAGUUGCAAUACAGUAAAGAGGUCUGGUGGAAAAUGAGGGGUCCAGUAUGGUGAGAAAGCUCUCCAUUGCAUUGCCCUUUCGCAUCAACCUUUUCCUUUUGGUCUCAUUCUUGGAAGAAAUCUUGUACAUUAUACAUAUUGGUGAUGGGUUUUUUAGGUCAAA